GAAGUCUCACCAUUGUCUAUCCGUGGUAUGGCUUCAUUCUUAUGUGAAAUUGGUUAUGGGGCCAUGGUCGUCCUUGGAAUGGUGCUUGGUAUGACCUCAGUACUAGGGAAUUCCCUAGACAUUCUAAUGCUGGUUCCACUUGUACCCUUAACAUUAUCGCUAAUCUUCUUAGCAUUUAUACCAGAAACACCAAAGGGUGAUAGAGAAAAAGCUCUUCGAUCGCUGGAAUUCUUUCGCGGUGAUCUGAAAGAUAAUCAACGCCUUCUGGAUGAUUAUGAACGCGAAAAGCUUCAGGAAGCCACUCAAGAGCGUUCAUCCUUGAAGGAAAUUUUCUCCACAUGGCAUCUUCGACGAGCUGUGUUUCUAGCCAGCACUGUUUUAUUCUUAACUUGGUCUUUCUAUCCGAUGCUUACCUCAUCCACAUCAUUUUUCAGGCAAUCUAAUAUUAAUCACACGCUGGCAGAGUUGAUGUCCGCCCUUCUGAUGGUGCUUUUCACGAUCUCAUCAAUUUGCGGAGCUUCAAUUGUGGAUCGAUAUCCUCGACGAUUUCUCGUCAUUUUCUCAGGCGUGUUAAGUAACGUUUUCCUUGCAAUGUUCGCUGUAUUCUCGAUUUUCUCUUAUUCGGCGGAUUGGAUCAAAUAUGCUUGUAUUGCAGCAGCUUUAUGCUACUGCAUUGCAUUUGGCACAUUAACCAUCAAGGGUUUCAGUUUAAUUCUUGGUCCCGUUUCAUGGUUCGUGGCUCCAGAACUCGUGCCAUUGAAACAUAAAUCUCUUGUAUUCUCAUUAUGUUUCGGUGCUAACAACGUGUUCAUUGCGAUCACAGAUUUCCUCGCGAUCGUAUUGUUCCAGGUGAUGUUUAAGUAUAAUUCAAUCCAUAGAGCUUUUUUCCUACAAAAAUCAGAUAAAUCUGAUUUUGAAUUAGUGCAUUUGGGCGCUUUCACUAAAUUUCAGCAUAUUCCUCUCAGAUCCAGCGUUUUGAUUGUUUUCUAGCU